AUGCCGCCGCUCGAAACUUCCGUUGGCGUAUUCGAUACCACUGUGUUAGCUGCAUUGGACGCUACACUCAAGCUUCUCCACGACAACGGGAUGAAAGCUAUCAUAUCUCCUCACAAAGCCAACUCACUAACCGAUGAUGUGGCCUGUGAUGCGUACUGCCAAAAAUAUACCGGUGCAUCUACCUUCUAUUCCUCGACCGAAGCCAAAGCAGACUACGACAAGCGACUAGAAGAGAUCCUCAACUACCAGUCACCAAACUUUGGCGACGCCUGGAAAAGCCUAGAUCAAGUGAUUAUGGCUUUCGACCUCCAGAACGAGCCUCUGAUCAAACAGCUCGACAAGUUGAACAACAAUGACCCGGAUGACUGGCUAUGUGGUCGUGCUGGAGUGAUGCGUAAUGCACUUGGAUCGUCUAAUAUCAAGAUCGCCACAGGCGGUAUUGGCGGAUCUCACUAUUGCUGUGACCACGAGUUCAAUACGCUGAAGAAGGCCAUGCAAUGCGAUGCAAUCGACAUCAUCAGUAUGCAUGGAUACAUGAGUAAGGCAUCCGACUGGGCCUACUACAUUACCGGCGACAAGGAUGUUUUGAGUGGAGCAAGAGCUGUAGGAAAGAACGUCAUGAUGGAAGAGUGGGGCGUUUCGACUGAGUUUCAGGAUUCUUUCGACACUCAGGCUCAGAUAUUCAAUGAUGCUGGAGUUCCUUGGCUUUAUUGGCAGUUCGUCCCUGGCUUAGACGGUUCUGAGCCAGGAGCGCCGACCGGUUGCGGUUACGAUGGUUUUGAGAUUGGAUUGGACAGCUCUAAGGGUGAUGCUGCUGGCGCAAUUGCUGCAGCAAAUGCGGCUCCAGCGGCACAAAGUUGGGCAAAUUAUCUGAGAUAA